AUGAUGGUCGCCUCUGGCCUGGCAACGCUGGAGCGCGGCACGGCGAUGAAGCUCCUGCUGCGCCGCCUCGCGCCUGGCAAGUACGACAUCGACGGGCGCAAAGUCACCGUCCGCUGGGGGUGCGAGCCUGGUAAAGGCGCCGAGCUGCUGGCGCGGGAGGACGAGGUGAGCGAUUCCAGCGCGGCUGAAAUGCCGUUGGUCGCCUACCUCAGCCAGGCCGCGAACGUGGCGGCCUCCCUCAGCGGGCAGCGCUCCGACAUGCCCAAGAUCGCCCGGAUCCCGAAGGCCCAGCGCCUGACGUUCGCGGACGCGGCCGCGGACUCCACGAAGGACGCCACCGCGCAGAUCGACAAGGUGGGCAACCAGCGGUGCGAGUCCAUGCGCAUCGCCUGCGAGCAGGCGCGUCUGCGCGAGGAGGCGGCGGUGGCCUACGAGGACCAUCAGCACGGCGGCCAGCACGGCAUGUUCGCGCCGGGGCCGCUGCAGCGCAGCCUGCGGCCGCCCUCCGGGCUGCCGCUAUACCUGAAUUGA